CUGUUUGGUCGUGUGCCUCUGGAUGUCCUGCACACUCAUGGUGACCGGCAGAGUGCAGCGGCCGAACUGCUCCGCCAACUUCAGCGCGUUGACCACCUCGGUCCACUGCUGCGUGUCCACCAGCCAGAUGGCCUUCAGCAGCAGAGGGCUCUCCAGCUGAGUGUCGAAUGCGAUAAUGCCGUCCAGCUGUUUGGCCGCAAGGGAGCGCCCCAGCCGGGUGCGGAGGACGGCAGUCGAGAAGUCUAUCUGCCUGAGGAAUGUUGCUGUGCAUCUGAGGAUACCGACCUCCCUGUGUUCAUUGAUGGCAUCCCGCUCCUCGCGAUGGAUGAAAUCUAUCGAUUCGUUGCCUCUUGCCGGAGGGAUGGGCUGCCGGCUGCUGGGCACCGUCACAUCAUUCCCCAUCGUCUCACUCCAC